AUGUCUGGGAGCGCUGGCUUCAUGAACAAUCUCGAUCUGCCGUCUGGCACUCACCAGAAACACGCUUCUGCCCCCACUUCUGCCUCUUCUCCCGACCGAGGCCUGCCCCUGGUGCUGAAAACUCAGGGCCACCACAUCUACGUCCAAGAUGGCCGCGAGAUUCUCGAUGCUUGUGGCGGUGCUGCUGUGACUUGUCUUGGCCAUGGCAAUCAAGAGGUCCUGAAUGCCAUGAACAGGCAGGCGCAAUCGUGCUCAUACGUGCCAUAUGCCUUCUUUGAUAACCAGAGCACGCGGAAUCUAGAAGAGUGGUUGGUGCGCACGUCUAACGGCGUUAUAGCCAAGGUCUAUCUGGUGUCAUCAGGGAGCGAGGCCAUGGACGGAGCCAUGAAGCUGGCCCGCGAGUUUUUUGUUUGGACGGGCCAGCCUCAGCGGGUCAACUUCAUUGCCUGCAAGCCUUCAUACCACGGCACUACACUGGGCGCUCUAUCUCUCAGCGGACACAUAUCGCGGCGUGCGCCCUUUCAACCCUUGCUGAUGGGCGGCCUCGGGACCAGCCUCGGGACCAGCCUUGUGGAGCACGUGACAGGGUGCAACACGUACCGGCAGCAGCAGGCCAGAGAAGCAGACGCUAGAUUUGUUGCGCGCAAAGCAGCAGAGCUGGAGGCAGCGUUUCAGCGACUGGGCCCGGCAACAGUCUGCGCCUUUGUGGUGGAGCCGGUGGUGGGUGCAGCUGCCGGCUGCAUGCCUGUGGCGCCGGGUUACCUGGCAGCGAUGAAGGCAGUCUGCGCCAGACAUGGGGCACUCCUGGUGCUGGAUGAGGUGAUGUGCGGCAUGGGCCGCACGGGGACAUUGCACGCGUGGCAGCACGAGAUGGAUGGCGGUGAUGCCAGUCCGGACAUCCAGACAGUGGGAAAGGGACUCGGUGGUGGGUUUCAGCCGUGUGCGGCCAUUCUGGCCGGACGGCGUGUGGUCACGGCGAUGCACGAGGCCGACGGCGCGCUGUUCACGCACGGCCACACAUACCAGAACCAUCCGGUGGCGUCGGCGGCGGCGUUCUGCGUGCAGACCAUCAUCCAGCGCGACAGCCUGCUGGCCAAUGUGCGGGCACGAGGAGCGCAGCUGGGGGUGGCCCUGCAUGCUCAGCUGGACGACCAUCCGCACGUGGGCGACAUCCGGGGCCGCGGGCUCUUCUGGGGCAUCGAGCUCGUCCAGGACAGAGGCAGCCGCGAGCCGUUCCCCAUCGAAGAGCGUGUGGCCAAGCAGAUCCACGACCUUGCCCUGACUUCCCGCUUCCAGCUGCUGGUCUACUACGGCCAGGGCUGUGCUGGUGACAGCCGAGGGGACCACAUCAUGAUCAUGCCGGCUUACACGGUCACAGAGAAGCUGGUGACACUGAUAGUGGAUACUCUGACCAAGGUGAUCCAUGAGGUAUUUAGCAAGUGA